CGUUGCAUCACAGCACAUGUUGAAUAUAAAGUUGAAAACAGGCUGAAAACAGAGUGUUCCAGGCAGAAAAUUGAAAAGAAUUUGGGAACGAAGACCUGAAUAAAACUGCUGGAACGGCGAGUGAGGGUGGUGGAACGCAUGGUGAGCAGAUAGCGAAGAUAUGGUUCGCCAGGAGAUCUGAUUGGCUGCCAGCGGACCAUGAUCAAGUGCUCACAGAACCCACGGGAACGCGCAUAUAAGCCCGUUCUGCGGGAGCGGUCGGCACAUCCUCAACUGAGCCUACACUUCUAGCAUUCUCCAGUACUGUUCCAGCUAACGGCAAAUAUGAUCACACUGAAGUUCGGGACUUUUCUUUUAUCAUGUGUGCUGAUCUUUUGUCAGAUGUACAUCUCACAGGCGGCUCCGUCCAGAAGUCGUGAAGACCCCAAUGCUGAUGGAGUCACUCUAUCGAAUGAUGAUAUUAUGAAGUUAUUAAGAGCUAUUAAAGAGUUCAUGCAGCUGGCUUCAGACGAACAAGAACGUCAAACAGCUGAUGGAAGCAGCAACACGACAGGACAGAAGAGGGGAUGCAACACGGCCACCUGCGUCACGCACCGCUUGGCCGACUUCUUGAGUCGUUCCGGGGGGUUGGGCCACCGCAACUUCGUGCCCACCAGCGUGGGGGCGCAGGCGUUCGGCAAACGGAGGCGACGCAGCCCCGAGUGA